AUGCCAUACUCGCUCCAGGGCCGCAACGUCCUCGUAACCGGCGGGUCAGCCGGCUUAGGUGCACUGCUCUCCACAGCUUUUGCACAGCAGGGAUGCAACAUAGCAAUCAACUACUUCAACCGGCUGGAGCCCGCGCAGCAAGUGCAGCAGCAGUGUCAAGCGACGGGCGUCAAGGCCGUGGUGAUCAAGGCCGAUAUGACGAGCACGAGGGAGGCGGCGAGGGCUGUGCAGGAGACGAUUGAGCAGCUGGGGGGGAUUGAUGUUGUGGUUGCUAAUGCGGGGUGGACCAAGUUCUGUGAGUGGAAGGAUCAUGAGGGGAUGACGGAAGAGGAGUGGGAUAAGUGCUGGUCCGCCAAUGUCAAGGUCCCUCGCGCCCUUCUUCUCGCUGCAAAACCCACGUUCGAUGCCAACCCUGAUGGUGGGCAGAUGAUCACCACAGGAUCAAUCGCUGGUGUCAGCCAGGGCGGGUCGUCGAUGCCGUACUCGAUAACGAAAGCCGCUCAACUGCACCUCGUGAAAUGCCUCGCCGUCACAGAAGGGCCUAAGAUCCGGGUCAAUACCGUCUUACCGGGCCUCCUCUUAACCGAGUGGGGCAAGAAGUACAGUCCCGAGCGCAUCGAGGCACUGAAGAAUGCCGCGGUGCUGAAGAAGGAUACAGAGUUGCAGGAUUGCGUGGAUGCGUUUGUGAUGUUGGCCAAGAAUUCGAGUAUGACAGGGAUGCGGAUCCAGGUCGAUGCUGGGCUGAAUGUGCAGGGUGCAUGA